AUGAAUUUUGACUCGGCUGACGUCCCCCCUAUCCCUACUCGAGCCCACGGCCACCACGCUCAUGGAUACAGUCAUUCUCGCCGACGCUCCUUCCAAGGCCCCUCGUCAAAGCGCGCCUCUUCCAGUGUGCCCCCGGCCAGUCCCGAGGUUAUCUCCAACCUGAUCACCAGUCUGAGCGUCAUCUCUCAGCCCGCAACCUCCCACUUCGAAGCUUCUCCUCACAGCCUUUCGCUACCAGCAAGUCCAGGUCGUGGUCACGGAAGUUUUGGUGUUGACUACGGAGCGUUUCAUCAGCCUAGCCUUGACGAUCUGAGACAGGAUCCCGUUUCUCUCGACGAACUCGCCGCCCUACCACCCGUUAUCCGCACAUCAAAACCUCCCAGCGGAUACUCUUCAUUAACAGCGACAAAGAGUCCCAAGAGCCCUCGAAGCCCGAGUCGUGAAGGUGGUCUGCGAUCGUUUAUCCGAAAUAGUACAUCUCGACCUUCGUCCAAGGGAUCUUCGCAAGCCUCCAAGAACGAUGAUGCGCAGAGUAUAGGCAACCUCUCCGUUGAACGACGCUCUAGCGUAACGCCCGAUUUGAACCAUAAGCAGUCGCACGAAAGUUGGGGCAAGAAGACAUCAAGAAGUUCAAAGGGGCUUAUGUACAUGAGUUCAAGGGAGCGUUUACGCGAGAAGGAAGCCGAGCGAAAGAGAGUAUCGGGUGGAAUCUCAGCUUCUUCAUCGGGCGCACUCCCUGGCGAUAGCAUUCACAGCGACGGUCGCAACGAUCCCUUCUUUGCCGAAACAGCUAUUCGUGAGGAGUCGCAGUACGAACUACCAAUCGAGCGCCCAAUGGAUGGACCUUGCGCCAUCCCGGCGCGGGCGUCAAGUCUGACAAAAACGGGACAGUCGAAGCGAUCGAGCGGAAGAAGAAGACGCGAGGAUGGUUCUGUCGCCGACGUGAUACCUGAAGAUGAUGAACAAUCAAGACCUCGAGAUCGACAGACAAGUAGAACGAGGGAGGGGCAUCGCCCACAUCAAUCGAGGUCAUCCACAAGAUCGCCUGUAUAUGGACUCAAGGAUGCUACCCCAUCCAAGACCACUAGUGUGGCGGGUAGAAGCUUCCUCGAUAUCAGCAGAGACGAUGACGGCGCGAGCGAUGAGGAAGAUGAGGCGGCGGCGCCCUUCCCCGCUGUGGCUCAAGGAAGAAAGCGAGACCAGAGCAACGACCGCCAAGAUCGAAGACGGUCUGGACAGGUUAGUCCAGCGCCAGGAGAUGGGAUCAAGAUGAAGCGCAGCAGUUCUCGUCUCAAGCGCUUGUCCGAACCACUAAAUCUCAAGGCUGAAGAAGCACAUCGCGAGAAUCCUAGUCCCCAACCGCGGGUCCAGAGCCAGCGCACCCACCACGAACGACCCAUGUCUGCUGACUCGGUCGAUGAUGCUGUCGAUUCAUAUCUCUGCUCGCCACGAUUGUCGCAGAAGAUCCGACAUCCCCAAACGGGUCGUGUUAUUUCUUUCUCAGAGGUUGGCGACUCUGAAGGAUCUGCGGUCUUUUGUUGUGUUGGAAUGGGAUUGACAAGAUAUAUCACUGCGUUUUAUGAUGAGUUGGCAUUGACAUUGAAGCUGCGGCUAAUCACACCGGAUCGACCGGGUGUUGGCGAUAGUGAGCCUUAUUCGGAUGGCACUGCAACGCCGCUGAGCUGGCCUGAUGAUGUCUACGCUAUCUGCCAAACACUCAAGAUCACCAAGUUCUCGAUCCUCGCUCACUCCGCUGGCGCUAUCUACGCCUUGGCCACAGCACUCCGAAUGCCUCAACAUAUUCGAGGCAGAAUUCAUCUUCUAGCGCCUUGGAUUCCUCCUUCUCAAAUGAACGUCUUCGGCACAUCGCAAGCUCUUCCUCCUACCAACGCCAUUCCGACCGCCCAACGUAUCCUCCGAGCGCUUCCCACGCCCAUUCUCAAAGCUGCCAACAGCAGCUUUAUGACAGCGACAAGCAGCUCAAUCACCAGCUCAUUGCCUAAGUCACAAAAACGAGGAAAGAGAAAGAAUGGAGGACGCGAAAGUACCGGAAGUACACGAAACGUCACACCGAGUAUUGACAAGGAGAACGUUUAUAACAAGGGUCUUACAAAUGGAAAUAAUACUGCGGAGAUUGAUCCUCCUGCUGCCUCGGAGAAUAUGGACAGGGAGAGUAUUCCACAGGGCAACAGAGGUGACUCGGACAUCAUCGCAGCCGUGGCUGACGCUAUGGCGGAUAAAGAACGCCAAAUGACAUACGACCUCCGUCUAACCCACGCAAUCUGGGAACUCGCAACAACAGGCGCCAACCCCGCCGUCGACCUUUUAGUCUGUCUCGAGCGUCGCCACACUAUCGGCUUCCGAUACGUCGACAUCACAAGACCAGUCGUCAUCCACCACGGCAGCAGAGACACCCGUGUCCCAGUCGAUAACGUCAAAUGGCUCGGCAAGACCAUGCGUCGCUGCGAAGUUAGAGUCUUGGAAGGUGAAGGUCAUGGUCUCAUGGCUAGUGCCAGUGUUAUGGGCUCUGUGUUGAUGGAGAUGAGUAAGGAGUGGGAGGAUUGGAUGAAGGUUACGGGCGCAGAAGGGAAGAAGGAACAGAGGGGACGCAGAGGGACGCUUGUGCGAUGA